AUGGCCCCUCCGGGCGCUGGCACUGUGCAGGCGACCUCCAGCGCACCCAGGCGCUGCGCCCGCCCUCAGCCCGCCACCCACCCUCACGGCGCUAUGGGGAACUACGUCUCGGUUGCUGAGGCGGAUGCCCCCGCUGAGGAUGCGGCCACCGAGCCGGUUUCUGAGAAGGCGUAUGAGGACGCUCCGGAGGGGAGUGCAGGGGAGGAUGAUGCGGGGGAGGACGGGGAGGGGAAGCCUGAAAUUAAGAUCUGGACGGCGCCCGUGGACCGCCGCUUCCCUUCGGUGAACCAAGCCCGCACGUGCUACACGCGUUACAACGAAUACUACAAGUGCGCGGCGGAGAAAAGCGAGGAGCAGUGCACCUUCUACAAGAAGUGCUACCAAUCCCUUUGCCCUAUUGAAUGGAUCGAGAGAUGGGAAGAGCAGCGUGAGGAAGGCACCUGGCCUGGUCGUUACUAG